AUGGCACAUGAACAAUGGCGCAGUCAACUGGACUACCUCAUAACCCUUCUGGGAUUCGGUGUCGGAACGGGAGCAUUCAUAAGGUUCCCUUUCUACUGCAUGCGCAAUGGAGGAGGAGCGUUCCUGAUACUGUUCAUGUUCUUCACAAUAAUUGCAACCAUCCCCUGUGUGUUUCUGGAGAUGACCAUCGGACAGUUCUCUCAGAGUGGACCUAUCAAAGUCUGGAAUAUGUGUCCUGCCUUCAAAGGUAUAGGUGUUGGCAGUGUUAUCGUUUCGUUGCUUUUCGUCAGCUACUACAACGUCAUCUUCACAUGGUAUAUAUACUAUUUCUACUACUCGUUCUCAAACAACCUGCCCUGGGGCCACUGCGACAAUUCAUGAAACACCCAAGCAUGCAUAUACAACAAGAAUGUAUCAGCUGUGUCUAAUGAUACAAAGUUUAAUACAACAGACGCUGGAUAUUCCAUUAACGGAACGAUUCGAGGGAA